AUGGGCAAGUUUCCCAUAUCCAAGAAGCGCGUGUCAACAGGCGAGAUAGUCCAAGUGGCGAAGCUCCGGAGCCGAACAUAUACUAUCCGUUCAGGAGUACUCGACGUCGAAGUGACAACAGCACGGUGGAGAAUCUUGGCUAUGAGAUGUACAUGGUGGAGCGGCGAUGACAAGUUAGGUUGCGGAGAUGGCAAAUACGGUCGACGGCCACACUGCCCCAAAUCAGCAACUGAGGAGACGGCCGAGAUACGAGAGACUGGCAAAUACGACGUCCACGCGGAAGCAAUUGUGAGGGCGCUGCCCAAGCUACGUCGGCGAGGGCCGCCGCCGCGAAAGCGAAUACCACAGCCCAGCGAUGCCUCGAGCACAGGAGCGUUUCCCAGUAAGCUUGUCUGGUCACGAGAGACGGAGGGUGCGUCAGGAGAUGCGCAUUUAGCUGGAGUGUCGUCGUCAAAGCCACUAGUUCAGACUGCUUGUGAAGAAACAGGCCAACGGCCAUGGAAAGACGACGUCGUGGAGCGGAGGCGGCCGCAGCGGCAGGGAAAGAGAAAUCGUCAUCCUGGGCGAGAUGAAUCUCCAAGGAAGCGAAGUCGACGUGGAACUCGAGGCCAGAGGAGGCGGGCGUUGCAGGCCGAGGACUUGACGAGCGUGUUGGGUUACUUAGAGGAGGAAUUUGCCGUGAAGGAGAGCCUGUCGAAAGAGCAGAUGUGGUGUACGCCAAUACCACAUGAGAGAAAGGUCUCGACUGCAGAAGAUUUCUAUAGAGCGUUCCACGAUACGAGCAACUUGCAGUUAUGGACGUGUAUGCUGUGCUACCGCAAGCGCACGAAAAAAGAGUUGAGAGAUGUUAAAUUGGAACCAUGGAAGUUGAACGGUAUUGCAAAUAACGGCCGGUCGCCGUUUUCAUGUCGGAGCUGCAUACCUGAGGGCGAGAGUGUCCUAGUCUGCGCGGAGUGCGUACGUUGUUUGGGACGCAACGCCCUGUCGCCUGCGGCCCAGCUCCAUAGACGUAUUGGGUGUGAGCAUAUGUUCCCCGAAGAGCUGAAGGGUCUCACUCCAGUGGAGGAGAAACUUAUCGCGCUGAACUCAUGUUACGGGUUCGUCACAAGGUACAGCGUUGCGAGCGGUCACAAGCAAAAUGCCAUUUACCCAAAGCACAUCAAGGGCCACAUCACAGUGUUCCCGAACAAUGUGCAGGAGCUGGCCACAAAGGUACUUCCCCAUCCGCUCGUGCAAGUUAUGGAAGAGAUCCAUAUCUCGUGGCAAGGCGCGGAGAAGCCAGCACCAAGCGACUUGUCGGGGCUUUUGUCAGUCAGGCGACGAGUCGUUGAGAGGGCACUCGUCUGGCUGAAGAUGAACAACCCGCAUUACGCCGAGAUUGAGAUUGAUGCGGCGGAAAUGGAAAGCUGGGGCGCACCGCCGCAUGGGGUGCCGUCCCUGGUGUACGAUUGCAUGGAACGGAAUGAGCCAACGGCGUGGGAAAAGGCACGAACGGCGCAGGUUGUUCCCCCAACAGAGCGUGGUAUGGACGAAGAGGAUUCGUUGGAGAUUGAGGAGGUCCUCGCGCGCCUUGAUCGAGGAGAAGACGAACACAGUGGCCGGGCACAAGGGCCGGGGUUGGGUCAAGACGAAGGUGGCCUCUGGGGCGAGGCCGAGUCUGGCCAAUGGGGAAAACCGAUCAACGAAGUCACUUCAUCCGCUAUGUUUGCGCUGGAUGGACCGCCAGAUGUGUCGCAAUAUCCCCGCUUCGCUGGUACUAGCUUGGUUCUUGACCUCACAAGAUGGCUCGAAGUGAUGUUCGAUGCCAUGUUCGCAUUUCGUGGAAAUCCUCAUGAGGCUUCCGGCCAAGUGCUGACUGGGUCCAUCAUCCUCCAAGUCUCCACGCCGUUGCAUAGCGGGCAUUUUCGACUGCAUCUCCUCGGAAAGCUCAAAGUAGCCGAACCAGUUCUUCGCAAAUGGCAGAGGGUAUUAAACUUCAGUGCCAAAAAAACGACGAUGGCAAAGACAAUAAUCUCAGAGCAUGCUCACAAUCUCGCACCGUCUGGUGGCGAAACGUUGCCUACAGGGCACUACGAGUACCGCUUUGAGCUUGCGCUGCCUGGAAAGAUGACAGAGACAAUUGAAGGGCUGCCAGAACUGAUAUUAAGGUACUGCCUCGAGGCAACGAUAUACAGUGGAGAAGUGCCUGUAGAGCGCGCUUACAAACACCUACGAGUGAUUCGUGCCGCCGCAACGGAUGCAAUAGAGCCAUUCCGAGCUGAAGUCUCGCAAGGUACGUGGAGCGAUAAAGUGGAUUAUUGCUUCACUGUUCCCGAGAAGGUAAUAAGUUUUGGGGGUGUUAUACCCUUCAACAUCCUUCUAUAUCCGCUCUUAAUGGGAUUAAGGCUGGAUAAUAUUACCGUGAGAGUAAUUGAGGAUCGCCAAUCAUUGGUGACGAGCAACACCGCACAGAGCACACCAAACCUAUUCACGAGGAUUCUUGCCAAGGCGUAUAUAAACGGGCCAGGCAAAAUGCAAGUCACUCGUGACAAGCAUGAAGAAGGCGUUUGUCUCGGCAAUCUGGGCAUUGUCAGUCCGAUUACCUCUACCCACAAGCCUCAAAGACCGUGCUCAAUCCAUAGAUCUCGGAAUCAUCAGGGUCGCUCAUGCCGUCGAAGUGACCAUAGAUUUGAAGAACCCUGA